AUGGUUGUUGAACAGGCGAAAUCUUAUAUCACAGAAAUGAGGCUUCAAAAUCAAAUGUUAAAAGAAGAAAAUGAGCGUUUAAAGAACACAAAAAUUAAUUUAGAUAUGCCAACUUCUUCAAAUGCAGUUGCCUUCAAUGAUGUUGGAGUUGGAACAUCCGAUAACUAUAUAGCUCCAACAAAUUCAAACAACCAGCUUCCAAAUGUUCCAUUGAAGAGAAGGGACUCAAAGAAAUUGACUAGGGUAGAUAGCGUUGACAGAGCUUUAUCAUUAUUAACAGAAGAACUUGUUGAUGAACGUUAUGUUCCAUUAAGACAUACUGUAUUUUCAUUUAUUAUAGAUUCAGAUCAAGAUAUUCAAAGCGAAUUUGUAAAACAAACUGAUAAUACAGAAUUUAAAACUUUCAACUGGCUAUUUCCUAAGAUUUGCACAAUAUUUAUUACAGUACUAAAUAAUGAAGAUCCUUCAUCUCCAUUUAGAUCUUUCGACCAUGUUAUUUCUUCCUAUAUUUCCAAGAUUUAUCAAACUUCAUUUUUAACACAAAAAAUGACUACGAUACUCGUUCAAUCAGCUCAUAUUAUUGAUUCUAAGAAUUACAUUUUCAAAAUGUUUAAUAAGUUUUUAGAAAAUGAAUAUGACUUUACUUGCUUUAGAUUUUUCCAUACAAUGCUUGAAUUUUCCAUUGCAUAUGCAAAGCCAGAUGUUUCUACUAUUGUUGCAAAUGAAUCUUUGAAUGAAUCAGAUUCAAUGAUCACAAUUUUACCAAGUGAUGCUAUUAGCGUUCAUCAAGCAGUAUUUCCAUUCUGGGAGCCAUGCGAGGAAUUCACUUCCACUGAUUAUCCAAUAGAUUAUUGGGAAUUCCUUGACAUUCUUGUACAAGAUUUCAUUAAAGCCAGAAAACAUAUUGGAGCCUUCAUUAAAAAUGGCCUUUUACUGUCUGGAAACCAAGAUAUAGCUCAUGUUACUCUGAAGAACUUCCUCACUUUGAACUUGAUUGCUUUUCCAGAUGUAAAUACAGGCAAAGUCAAAGAUGAAUGGCAUCAACUUUUGACUCGAUAUGAAGCUCUUGGACACAAAGAACCCGACUCAAUAGACAAUUCUUCUAUUAUUUAUUACUGCGUUUCAAAAGAUUCACUUAUCAUUAAAAUGAUGAGAACGAAUACAAUUGAACAAUUCUCCCAAAUGUUCUUCGAUAUGAACGCGCCAAUGCUUGAGGCUCUUAACUUCAUUAUAAAGAGAUUGACCAUUUACAUACCAGCACUUAAGAAUUCUCUUCCAAAUCAAGCAGAUAUUUUGAAUGAUGCUGCCUCAAACAUAAGAAAUUCUUUGUAUUUAGCUGACAUUUCAGGAACUUUGGGCUUUUAUAGAAAGAUGCUUCAUCAAAUUGAUAGUGAACAAGUAAAUGACUUCUCAUCAUUAAUUGUUUCUAAUCAAUCCGCUGAUGAAGAUAUCAAAAGAAUUCUCAAGCAUCUUGAAGAGAGAGAAACCGUUGUUGGCGUUACUGUUUUGUAA